AUGCGUCGGGUCAUCGGGGCCUCGAGAUGGCGCUACAUGAUAACAGUGGGGGUACCCACGGCGGGCGAACGCGGCUGCUCCCCAUCACUCUCUUCCUCCCCUACUGCUACCACCACUGUUCUCGUCACACAACUCGCUCACAGAAGCCAGCAGCAGGAGACACCAUCGCCAGGGCAGGCGAAGCGAGAAAGGCAAGAAGGGAGGCACCAGCACCAUCAGCGCCAUGACCACCAUGGGGAGUGGAGGAACGCGGCGCCUCUCAGUCGCCAAUAUGGGCGUGUGCAGCGUCCUAACAUAGUCGACGCUGUGGACGGAGGCAGUGUUGCCGGGCGACAUCGCAACGAGGCGGUGACACCCGAAGUACGUUUGACUGAAAAUGCUUCGACUGCGACCGCCGGCCGAUUUUCACAUCGCCAUAGCGCGUGCACAGAAAAACCUUCGGGGCGUUGUACCGAUAACGGUAUCGCUGGCCUCGCCCAUUCACGAGGGAAACAAAAAGACAUGGACUCGCAUGUGUCAUUAGCCGCGUUUGAGCGUCUGCUUAAAGUACAUGCAACGAUGCGGAGCAACUACGAAUGCCUUCAACAGAAUCAGCAGGUUUUGAAGAGUUUUUAUGUGGCAUGUGCGGAGUCCUUGUGGCAGUUGGGAUUGCCACUGUGUCGAGAAGGGGGGAUUGAAGAAAAGAUGAGGCGGAAAGGCUUUGAUAUAAUAGUGGGGAUUGGCAACGCGUCCUUUGCCAAUGACGGAGACGUCUCCUCUCCUUUGUUUCUGUUAUCAGCGGACACACCGCUUUACACGACGCCCAUCAGCUUUCCACCACCACCCGUAGAGGCCCUGUUGCGCAUGACAGAGUUAUGUGAACGCAACAUGGACAAAGACAGCGGGGACUUGCUGUUGGAAACAAUGGAGGUGGUGGAUGGCACAGAUGCUGAAGGAUUGGCUGCAGAUUCUCACGGGCUUAUGAACAGUCGUAUCUAUGACCCAGAUUUCACUCCCUCAUGGAAGAGCCUUUCACCUGGUCUGGAGAGUCUUUUUGCAGCUUUACAAAACGUUCCUAUUGCUGACAUUGUACAGCUUAUGGAAACCGUCGCACACUUCAAAUGGGUAAAGGAUGAGGAGAUGCUAGAGUGGAAAGAUGGGUUUAUGGUGCAGCAACUGCGUCUUGAGAUUUCUGCACUCUUUACCGCUACUAUGAAGAAGCAAGGAUCAGCGUCAAUACCCCACGUUGUGGCUGAUGUACAUGAGGUACGACAAUCAGUUGAGCACACAUCAAAGGCGUUACUGAAUCGUAUUCCGCGUAUUGAUCGCGUGGAAGCAAGGAUGGUCUCCUCUUCGGAAGCAACGGAACGUUAUGUGCAUGUCAUUGAUCUGAUGUUAAAUGUUUUAAUACGUGUGUGUCUGUGGAAGUGGCCUCGUUUGUCAUGUGGGGAUCAGAUGUCUGUUGUGCUCUACUUCACAUAUCCUUGGUUUUCCCGUGACCUAAGCGUGGAGGCCGUGUCAUGGAUGACGUAUUUCAACUUGCGUGCCGUUUUGGCCAGAGAAGUGAACAUGAAUCAUUAUCAAAUAUACUUGUACACGCAGCGUAUCCGUCGUCUUUGCUGGCCCUCUGUGCAGGACAUGGGUUCAAGCUUUGUCAGAAGACUGUUUUUUUGCAGUGAGACGCCUGACACAACCGGUGACGUGAAUAAGGGCCCGGGUAACACGAGGGAAUUGCAAGCAGAAGAUGCGGAGGUGGAAGAAGCAAGCGUACGGAAGCUUCCUUCACUUAAAGAGAUUGCAUGUGUUUUGUAUGGCUCAAAAGAGAAACAGCGUGCGGCUUACGAGUGUUUGUUGAUAUGGCUGCAGCAAAGCAAGUCUGUGAACCUUCAACAUACGUCACCGCAUGGACGUUAUUUAAGUGCCAUUGGUAUUGCUAUUGCAGACGUUGAACGCUUUGUGACAGAGCGAUGUGGCAGUGAACUGGCAAAAGGAGAGUGGAUCUUAUUGCGCGUGUCGGAAACCAGCGUCCAGGCUUUGAAACGAGUUACGCAAGGCACCCAGAGGCCAUAUGCACUAACGCGACUUUUCUUCUGCAGGUACCACGGCGUCGUCCCACAGAUCUGGCAUGCUAUUAAUGAAAAACGGAGGGAGUUGCUGUGGAAUGCGUGGCUUUGUGGUGUCGCUCGACCGCUGGUGGAUGCCGUCCUCCAAAACUCCGAGAAAAAGGAAGGAACGGGAGAGGAAGGCGCGCUGUACUUUAUGGAGCCUUUAAUAGCCAGUCUAAUCUCCGAUGUGGUCUUCCACCGGUUUAUCGCACGUCUUGUUGUUCUCUCGUUGAAAGAAUUGGGUGCAGUGGGCAAUACACAGUCAUUGGAAAUAACAUGCACGCGGAUUAUCGAGACUGUAUACACUGGUGCUUUCAUUCUUCACUGUAGCCGUCGAAAUGAAUCUGACAAUGGUGCCCGUAUAGAGGCUAUAUCCUGUGCAACCACGAAUACAAUCACGGUGGAGGAAAAAACAAUGGCAGAGCAGUCUCCCUCCAUGGCUGCUGCAAUUCGGUGCGCAUUUAAGGAGGCUAUAUCAGUUAUCGUGCAAAGAAUGGGCGCAGAACACGCGUCGCUGGUACACAGCCUCCUUGAGGCGUUGUUUAAAUUUCGGCCUUGCAACACAGUUGGGGAGGCGUUCCUGUUCAGUCUCCGAAAGGAACUUCAUAAUAUUUUAGACGACGAGUCCCAUGAAAUGUUGAAUGAUUGGUUGAAUCGGCGAGCAGCUUUGCUCUUGGAGAGACAGGCCCCACUGGAUGAUCGGCUGCUUCGCGGCUGGCAACGGGCGGCGCAGGAGGCGGACGCAGGUUUGUCAACGACACCUCCCACUCUAGUGGAGUGUUACCAGGGCCUGCUGAGGUUGGUGGAAACCCGGGGUCAUCUGCUCGUUAACGCUGAACAACAGAAGCAUCAUAAUUUGAUUGGCGAUACCUCGGACACUGGAAAUGCCGUGAAUUCCUCCUGUAAGGCAGUGUUCACUUCGCCUGAGCUUGAGGUGAUUCUGACGGUGUUGGCUCGAUGCAUUCUUUGCCGUGCCCCAACACUAAACACUAUGGGGGUAAAGUCACUCUCAAGUGAAUUUUUUGCGUUGACAACACCAUUGAAGGGCGUGGAAGAGGACAACAAGGAUAGUGACGGCAAUAAUAAAGGCAACAAUGAUGGUAGUAGCAGUAGUGCUGUUAGUGGUGGCGGCAACAGGAAGGAUAUGGAAGGAGGAAACACUGCUGCUGUUAUUGCCAGCACGAACAUUAUUACUACUACUACCACGCUGACUGCUGAUCGUGUUAUGCUCCUGGAGAAAAUCCUUUCGGCUGAAGUUGCGCUCAACGCAAGCAGCUUACCGUGGAGCUCCCUUCUUGAAGCCAUCCUGUUACAACUUGCACCAUACAGCAUGUUAGAAAACCUAUGCAAAGCCUGCUGCAACAACCAAGAUGCCGAUAUCACAAGAAAUGGUGAUUUAGUACAAAAAUUGGAAGAUGACAUCUAUGCGUGCCGUCACCAUCGCUUUGUGAGCGCGCUCGUGCUAUUCCGGUGUUACUCUUUUGCGGUGCCUCACGAUGGAGGUUGGUCUGAUGCCACACUAACGCGACAACCUCAGGUAGAGGGGAAUGAUGUGAAUCACACGAGUCUCAGUGGGAAUGUGGCUGUGUCUCAUGUUCAAAAUGGUCAGCUUCGCGAAAUAACGUGGUUGCUUCUAAAAAUAUUUGUGCAGACGGAGGCAAGAAUUUUAAAAAAAAAGAACCAGAAGCAGUCUGUGGCAGAGAAUGUGGCUGUUACUGAAAAGAUGGAAGGAGUUAUGCGGCGGGAACAGUUGGAAUAUGUUCUCGCAUGUCAUGCCCUUGUGGCCUACAUGCAUCUUGCACCUUCCUUCUCGACACGUUCUCUUUCUCAGCAUGAGGCAUACGAGCAAUUUUUGCACUGCGCUGAGCUUGCAGCGGCAAGCUUUGGUGGAAACCAUUCCACUGGGUGUGAUAUGUUGUUUUUGUGGUUAGCUGCAAGCGCCAACACAUUGGGCGUUCACCUCACCCCCGCUCAGCGCCACGCCUGGUCGGCAGUGGGGUCUGUGUCUUUAUUGGAAUCAGGUGACCAGGCAUCAUCUGCCUCGCUAGGGGAAGGGACUAUGCGCCUCAUGCGCAUCCUCGCACCGUACGUGCAGAGUGAGCUUUUUCGACCAACCCCACGACUGAAGCUCCUUGUGAACGCAAUUGUAGCUAUCCAAACUUUUGGGAGGCUGGGCAUCCAAAUGGAGACAGGAGAUCUGAACCUGGAUCAGCUGCUGCAACGUGCUAGUUCAGAUCGUCGGCUGAUGCAUCGCCACCUCAACCUCUUUCUUGUUGGCUGCUCUGCGUUACCCAGCACACGACCCGCGCUCCUAAAUGUCGCCUCUUUUCUUCGUGAGGCGCGGAACGUUCUUGCACCAGCGGAAAUAGAUAGGGCUCUUGUGGCGGUCACUUUGUCCGCUAACUCCUUUGCAAAGAACCAUGAAAUUCAGGCCGAUCUUCAGCAGAAUGGUAGUCUGCUCGAUGUUACACAUAGCACUGCUCCCACAAUGCGUGCUACGCCGACACAGCUUCGACACGCAUGGAGCGCAUUGGCGCGUCGUGUUUUGGAGCGCGCGGAGGAGAUGCCGACGACGGUUUUUGUGAAGAGUGUGCAGUGCGCCGGCGCUGUGGCGUGCGUCGAUACACUUGUAUGCCGACAGCUUCUCUCGUUCCUGGUGGAGUUUCGGCGGGAGGAACUCUCCUUAUUGGAUUGGACCGUGAUUUUUCGUACAGCCCGACAAUCCUUUGAUAAUCGAGGUGGUGUUGAGGAGUAUUUAAAAGAGCCAGUGACGGCGUUUCUACUAUAUAUGUCCAGGGAAGACAGUGGAGCGUGCGCAGUGGAACAUCAGCGUAUCCCAUCGAGUGGAGAGCGACUAGUGGAGGAUUUUUCUCUCUUUGUGGAGGCGUUGCCUGAGUUGUUCACGGGUGAUGCGGUGUUUUGGGGGCUGGUGCGCCGAGCUCUUAGGGUUCAGUGGAUCACACACUUUAACGCCGCGAGUAGCAGUGAACAGCAGCAGCAGUCAGCCCUCUGGCUGCAGGAGCUCACUAGGAGCUACGAAUGGGCAGUGCGCACCGCUGGUUAUCACGAAUUGAGUACGAUCCCUAUUCUGUAG